CUAUUUCGGUCAUUCGUGCAAGUUUCUACAUUAUCUUUUAUUAUAGCACUUUUAUUUGCUUUAAUAAUGGACCAUAAUCAGAAACCUCGAGAGCAUAAUUCUUUUCAUGAUAACCUGCAUCGGCGAGAACCUCCGCCACAUUUGCAGUAUCAGCACAGCCAACAACAGAAAAUCGGUUCGUAUGAAUACAAUGGGUUUGAGCAUCGAGUCCCUACUGAUGUAUCGACUGGUACCGUCUACGAUGCUCAUGGAUUCAUUCCGCCCAUUAGUGCACUAUCUACAGGCAGUCAUGCUACUAUGGCCGAGUCGACUGAUAUUUUACCGACCAAAUCUGAAGAUAAUGCCAAUAUAAAUCGUAGACCAACCCUGUUUCGCAAAGACUCUGUCAAACAACAAUACUCUGAUGCUGGCGCUCACUACUCUGUGUACUCCAACACAUCCGAGAAUCAUGGUAAUUCACUAGUGGAAGCCACUCAGCCAUCUUCUGCCAAGACCACUGCUGCUCUUUUAAAACGAUCCGACCGUGCACCUUUUCAUCAAACAGGCAACUCGCAGGCAGCCUUGCCAAACAACGGCGGUCCUACUCGUAGCCGCACAUUGCGUCGUAAAGGCACGCAGAGCAAUGCUCAUGCUGCAGGAACACUUUCUCAUCAAAAUAACAAUAUGCUUGCCAAACCACUGGACAACUCCAAGCCUACACUAUGGGUUAUCUUGUCAUGGGCAUUGACGUGCUGUUUCCCUUCAAUGCUGCUGAAUUUUGUAGGAAUAAAUACCAAGAACCAGCGACAGGCAUGGAGAGAAAAGGUCACCUUGUGCUGGAUUGCCGCAUUACUAUCAAUGUUUGUUGUCGUCUUUUUAAUCUUUUUCAACGCGUUGCUCUGUCCCAACGAUAUUCUUGACAAUACAGUCGAUAUCAAUGCAUUUGGUGGAGUUGUUGUUUUUGGCAGAAUGUACAAUUCCUACUAUACCACUCCUCCAUACAACACUCUUUUUGAUCAGACUGAUGCAUUUGGUGGAAUUGACGUGUCUGGUUCAUUUGAGCAACCCCAAAUCUCUGCUUGUCAAACUGCUGAUGUUUCCAAGUUUAAUUUUGCUGUACUACCAUCGUCUUGUGCACCAAAUUGUAUCAAUCUGCAAAAACUAACUACUCAGCAAAACUUUUUACCCUAUUCCUCUGUGGUUGGCGAAUAUGGCCAAAAUGUAACUGUUCAUCCAGAUCCUGCUUAUGAAUGGUCUGAAGUGAAACGUAGAAAACUUUUAGUUAUUCGCCAAACGGUUUUAAAUCUUGCACCUUAUUUUGAAGCCAAUCCUGAGCCAAUUGCUGGUGAUGUUAUGGAUACCCUACUGCGUCAAGCUCAGGCAACCAAUGAUGGCACGCAUUUAAUAUGGACAAACAAAAACGUAUCUAAAGAUAUGAUCAACUGCUUGGUUCAGAAAUACUAUGCCGGUGUUCUCUCCCAAUUACCCAUGUCGUGUAUUCUCUCUCGACUCGUUACUAUUGUAGUGUCGUUUACAGUUGUCAGUAUUUUAGUCACUCGGUUUGCUAUGGCUCUGUUUUUUGACUGGUUUAUGACUUCACAUUUGAUCAGAUUUCCAAAAAAUGCUCCCGAUAACCCGUAUGACCCAUCGAUUGCCAAGAAAUAUGAUGUAAAACCUGUACUAAAUCUGCGCAUGUCUGACGAAUCUUUAAUGAAUGCAAACAAUGAUCAUGCGUCGUACAUGAAACCUAUUUCUCAAAUAGGUACAAUUGUACGUUUACAAGACCCAACAAUCCAUCGACCAGCACCGAAUCCAAGCGAUCUUUACACUGUUAUGUUUGUGACAUGCUACUCGGAAGGUGAAUCUGCACUUCGUACAACACUCGAUUCGCUUGCCCUAACUGAUUAUGACGACUGUAAAAAGAUUUUGUUUGUUGUUGCUGAUGGGAUUGUCAAGGGUUCUGAUAAUCAAAUAUCUACGCCUGAUAUUCUGAUUAGCAUGAUGCAUCACGAUGAAGCAUUUGGACAUUCUCCUGAAGCGUUUUCUUAUGUUUCGAUUGCUACCGGAACCAAACAGCAUAACAUGGCUCGAGUGUACUGUGGAUCUUAUAGCGUUCAUGGUCGUCACAUUCCAAUGGUGCUGAUCAUCAAAUGUGGUACAGAAUAUGAAGCUGGACAGUCCAAACCAGGAAACCGUGGAAAGCGGGAUUCUCAGAUGAUUUUGAUGAACUUUUUUUCCCGAAUUGUUCUUUACGAUCGCAUGACUCCACUCGACUACGAUAUCUUUCGCAAGAUCCAUUACUUGACGGGUGUUACUCCAGAUGUCUAUGAGCUUGUUCUUAUGGUGGAUGCCGACACUCGUGUUGCACCCGACUCGCUUAGAUUUAUGGUGAAUACAAUGCAUAACGAACCUCGUAUAAUGGGUUUGUGCGGGGAAACACGCAUUGCCAACAAAAAAGACUCGUGGGUAACCAUGAUUCAAGUUUUCGAGUAUUUUAUUUCGCAUCAUCUUGGAAAAGCGUUCGAGUCUGUGUUUGGUGGUGUGACGUGUUUACCUGGCUGUUUCUGCAUGUACCGUCUCAAAACAGUCAAGGACGGUUCAGUUUUGCCUGUUCUUGUCAAUCCUGAUAUCAUUGAACAAUACGCCACGAACGAAGCAUUUACUCUCCAUCAAAAAAAUCUAUUGCUGUUGGGCGAGGAUCGGUUUUUGAGUACGUUGAUGCUGAGAACGUUUCCCAAGCGGCUGAUGAUGUUUGUUCCAGCGGCAUAUUGCAAAACAACUGUGCCUGACAAGUUUUCUGUGCUGCUUUCGCAACGACGUAGAUGGAUCAAUUCGACUGUCCAUAAUUUGAUGGAGUUGGUAUUUGUCAAUAAUCUAUGUGGCACAUUUUGUUUUUCGAUGCAGUUUGUUGUGUUUAUGGACCUUCUUGGCACUGCAGUUCUUCCAGCUAGUUUAGUCUGCACAUAUUACUUGAUCGUUUAUGCCAUCUUGCACCAUGGCUAUAACAACAUUACAGCGUUUCUCAACCUUUUUGUCAUGGUCAUCACAAUGUUUUUGCCCAUGCUUCUUGUAUUGUUGACAGGUCGUCGAGCCCACUACGUGCUUUGGAUGCUUGUAUAUCUGCUUGCUCUUCCCAUAUGGCAUAUUGUGCUUCCCGUGUACUCGUUUUGGCAUUUUGAUGAUUUUAGUUGGGGCGAGACUAGAAAAGUGACUGGUGAUGAGCCCAAGGUAUCGAGUGCUGGUACUCGACACGAUGAUGAGCAAUCGCACGGACUGUUUGAUGGAUCUCGUAUUCCGUUCCGUCGAUGGGAUGAAUAUGAACGUGAAGCCAGGUUUGAACAAAGAAAACAUAUACUCAGCAUGUCUGAACCAUAUUCUCAACCGACUCAAACCCAGUCGUGAAUCACAACUCCAUGUUGCAUCUAUUUUGAAUUAUAAACUUUGAAUAUCCAUGUUGAUAUAAAACUUGGUCAUGAUGUUUAAACUGGUUUGAAUGGAUAAUGUAUCAUUGGCUAUUUUAAAAUAACUACGAGUUACCAAAUAUAUGAUGCCAUCAAACCUGUAAACAUGG